ACUAUGAACACUUCUGAGAUGGCACUAGAUAACAACUUCACUAACAGCUCCUUCAACUGUGCAAUUGACAACUUCAAGCAAGCUGUUUAUCCCAUCAUGUAUCUCUUUAUCUUCUUCCUGGGUGCUGUUGGAAAUGGCUUCUCCAUUUAUGUUUUCUUCCAGCCUUCACAGAGGAAGACCUCAGUCAACAUUUACAUGCAGAACUUGGCUGUUUCGGAUCUCAUGUUUGUGAGCACUUUGCCCUUUCGGGCCACGUAUUUCCUGUUGGGAUCACAUUGGAUAUUUGGUGACAUUGCCUGCAGGAUCAUGACUUACACCUUGUAUGUGAACAUGUACUGCAGCAUCUACUUCCUUACUGUGCUCAGCAUGGUUCGGUUUGUAGCCAUUGUCUACCCGUUCAAACACUGGAAGUUAACCAACGUGAAGUAUGCCAGGAUAACAUGUGCAGCCAUAUGGAUCUUUGUUCUCGGAGCCUCCAGCCCCCUGUUAUGCAAGGAAGUGGCUGGAUACAGUACCCCAGCCAAGUGCUUGGACCUGCACCCCUCCAAGUCACACAGCCUCCUCGUGAUGAACAGCUUUGUCCUCGUCGUGGGCUUCAUUCUGCCCUUUUGCACAAUCAUUGUCUGCUAUGUCUUCGCGAUCAAAGCAUUGCUCAGGUCCAAGACUCCACAGAACAAAAAGAUGGUCUCUCACAAGAAGGCACUGUUAACCAUCAUCAUCACUCUGAUCCUCUUCCUCAUCUGUUUCCUGCCAUAUCACAUACUGCGAACCAUCCACCUGGUGCGCAGCAGCUGCAGCCAGGCCAACCUGCCCAUGCACAAAGCUCUGGUAGUCACUCUCUGCCUUGCUGCCAUGAACAGCUGCCUCGAUCCAAUCCUUUAUUACUUUGCUGCUGAAAAUUUCAAAGCAAGAAUCAGAAACUUGUCCUGCAGGUAGCUGAUGAAGAAUUGCAAAAUUGCAUGUAAACAGUCCUGAUGGAACCACACCACUCAAUGACAGAGGCUAUAUGGUGAUAGCCAGCUGAAAGAAAUGCUGCUCAGUGCUAGGCAUCUCUGGAGCAGGAACGUCUGGGAGAGAGUUCACUGGGGAUGGCUAAAACCAAAGUAGGAUGGUCAGAGUUCAGAUGUCUAGGUGUGAUCGUUGGUCCUCUUCUAUUUAGCAGCGUAGAUACAUCUUUAGUGUUCAAUCUCUCCAGGACAAGGGACUGGAAGAGAUUUACUUUGCUACUAGAGUCCAUGUAUUGAAUUUCAUUUAAUUUCAUUUCACAACACUCAACCAGUGACUCAGUGCUCAUCUGACCAUCUCAAUGCCUGUCUGAACCUCUCUGUGUCCCAUUUGCCUGUGUAUACAGAGGUGCAUGCUUCAGAUGCCCUGAUACUGAACAGAGACACAGCAUCCUGCCACUUCCCUUUGCAAACACCUACCAAAGAUUUGCACAUUACAGAAAUGGAAAGCAUCACUGCUACUUUAUACUGAGGCUGACAAAUAAAGCAGGCAGAGAGCCAAACAGGACACAGCACAGGCUCAGGCUGUUCAGAAAGCCUUAACAUUAUUUUCCACUCUGAGGAAGCCAUCAAGGUAUUUUGCUUAACAUUUUACUGAUUGUCAAGUAAAAUAACAAUUUCAAGCAAAUGGCAUCGGUGUGGAUUGCUGUGAGGAAGAUGACUGCCGGCAGUGAGGG